UUCCUUAUCUUUGAAAAUGGGAAUGUAUCUAGCUACCUGAGCUCAACAAGUGUUGACAGAAGAAGAAAAUGUUGUGACAGACUCCUGACCUGAGAACCUCACUGGCCAGACAGAGGGGUGUACUCAGUUGAGGAUUAACUUUCGUCUGCUCUCACAGCUUUCUGAGGUUUUUCUGCGCUUGUCACACUGCUGGAAACAUGUCGUCUCUCUCUGUUCCCCCACCAAAAUGCCUGCAGAAACCGUUGGCGGUUCCACAUCGUUACAUGUUUGGACCGGGACCUUCCAAUGUUCCUCAGCGAAUCCUGGAGGCAGGGUCCAAUCCCGUCAUUGGACACAUGCAUCCAGAGAUAUUUGAGAUAAUGAACGACAUCAAAAGUGGAAUCCAGUACAUGUUCCAGACGCAGAAUAACAUGACUUUAGCCGUGAGCGGCACUGGCCACACUGCUAUGGAGUGUGCCAUCUUUAACACAGUGGAGCCCGGAGAGAGCGUACUGUCUGCAGUUAACGGCAUAUGGGGAGAGAGAGCAGCAGAUAUGGCCGAGAGGAUAGGUGCCAGAGUAAACACCAUCGUGGCACCCCCUGGUGGCUUCUUUACUAAUGCAGAAAUUGAGCAGGCCUUAUCAAAAUACAGACCGGCGGUGUUCUUCCUUGCACAUGGAGAGUCUUCUACAGGAGUCCUGCAUCCUUUAGAUGGCAUCGGACAGCUGUGCCAUAAGUAUAACUGCUUAUUUCUGGUGGACUCUGUGGCAUCAAUGGGAGGAGCCCCUCUAUACAUGGACCAACAUGGGAUAGACAUCCUAUACACAGGCUCCCAAAAGGUUUUGAAUGCUCCUCCAGGUACAGCACCCAUCUCCUUCAGUGAAAGAGCAUGCCAGAAAAUAUUCAACCGGAGGACAAAGCCUGUGUCGUUCUUCUUGGAUUUGAGUUGGCUUGCAAACUACUGGGGAUGUGAUGGCAAGCCGUCAAGAGUAUAUCACCACACAGGUCCAGUCACCGCCUUUUACUCUCUGAGGGAGAGUCUGGCUGUCCUUGUUGAAGAGGGUCUGGAGAAUUCAUGGGAAAGACAUAAAAAAGUGGCAGAGUAUUUCCACGCUGGCCUGGAGAACAUGGGUCUUAAACUUUUUGUCAAAGAAAAAAAAGCAAGACUGCCUACAGUUACCACGAUUGUUGCUCCUCAUGGAUAUGACUGGAAAGAGAUCACAACCUACAUCAUGAAAACACAUAAUUUAGAGAUUUCCGGAGGGCUUGGACCAUCAGUUGGCAUGGUGCUGCGUGUCGGACUUAUGGGAUGUAACAGCAGCAGGGCCAGUGUUGACAUGGUGUUGAUGGCACUGAAAGACGCUCUGAAGCACUGCCAUAAAAGCAAAGUGUAACAUGUUGCUGUUGGAGCUGUAAAGACAAACCCUGAAUCAAUGCUUCUGUCAUAACGGAGAGACUGUGUGUAAUAAAUGAACCAUUAUUCUCAGUUACUAUCUUGUGCAGCUCAGACACUGGUUGAAUGGCAACAGUGCUAUUGUACUUUUUGUUAUUUUACCUAUUUUUUCAGACAAAUAUGAACACAUGAUAAUUGUAAUCGAAAGCACUUUUUUUCAACAACACACUGGGCUGUGGUUAAAAUAUAUAUGUUGAAACAAGGUUUGAAUCUUGCCCUUUAAAGUGUACGUAGGAUGUGAUGUGGGAGGUAACGGGAGUGACAGAUUAACCACCACUUACUGUGUCAGGAAUUCAACUGCCGGUAGUCAGAGCUAAUUGAACCUAUCAGCUAUGAACAGCUGCAGGCCACAGUCCGUAGAGUGAGGAGUCACGUUGGUUUUAUAGGAGAGGAUGAGGACUCUGGGUCGAUUGGUGAUGAAAGCUGCCACCAUAUACUGUAUGUCACCUGCCUCCAGAUCAGCCAAUCGCAAAAUUAAAUUGCAAAAAGUGGGAUUUCAGUCAGGACAGGGAGGUCAUAUUUAUAGCACAAUGUGUAAUUCAAAUACUU